AUGAACAGCUCGUCGAAGGUGAUAAUGGCGGCCACUAUGGUUAUGGUAGUGAGCUUGGUCAUGGUUUUAAGCUUAGUAUUAGUACUACUAGCCGAACUCUACUGCUCUCUCUUACUUCGCCGCCGUCGUCAACACUCCAUCACUCUCCCAACCACCACCGUCGCCGCCGCUCCAACCACCGAAAGCCUCGCCCAAGCCAUUUCAACAACCACCAACGAACCUUCGCCAUCUAACAUCGAUUCUUCACCAAGUCCUCUAACCACAGGCGUUAUCCAAACCCCAAAAUCUUUUUUCAAAACAAAAACCCAUUUUCACGUGAAACCAUCUUUACCACCUUCUCCUGAUCUGAUUCGCGAAAUCCAUGUACCCAUUGACAACGAUUCUGUGGGUAACUUUGUCUACAUAUCGAACCCGAUUUACUCGAACGAGGCUACAAGUAAACCAACAACGCCUUUCGAAACCCCUGAGUCGUCACCGUCGCGUCUCGAGACCGGCGAAUCUUCUUCUUCUUCCGGCGAGGAAGAUAACGACACGAUCGAAGAUUCCACGCCGACAUUGACUCCGAUGAAGGAUCUUCCUGAAAAGGCAUGCUCUGUUUCGCUGAAAGAUGUGAAGUCGUUGGAAACUUCCGCUAGUGAGUCCAACAACAACGAUGACAACAACGUUGGCUCGUCUUCGUCGUCUGGUUCGCCGUCGUAUACUUCUCCGUCGUGGUAG